ACACAGGGAACCCAAAAUCAGAAGAUCGGCGACCCGCGGUAAAAAUUGAUUGACGUGGUCAUCAGCGAUAGUGAUUCACAGCAUUGAUUUACGAGCUAAUUGCUGAGUCCGUGAAUAAUGGUUGUUACUGCUUUUGCUGCUCAAAUUAUACCGAUAUCGCAAUGGGUGCAUUCUACAACCUUUUGGCUUGCAGUGCCUUAGGGUGUUAUUAUCCAUACAGGUGACAGGUGGAUAGACAGCAGAGAAAGCAAUGGCUUGCAACUCGGGCCCGUCUUCCUUGCCCGGCACCGACUAUAUGUUCGCAUACGAUCUAAUUGCAAUCUAGUAUAUGUUUAGCUGCUCGGUUGUGAUCUGUGUGUAUCAGGAUCUGCGAUUUGUGUAUCGGUGUAGCUAGUAAUUGUGUUGGCUUCACAUGCAGUAGGUUUCUAUCAAUGGUCAUAAAAGUCGAGUAUUCUUGUAUUGUUCUUAUAUUAGUCAUUUAGAACCCUAAUUGUUUGCUACUUACACUGUUGUCAGAAGCGUCUUGUUAUCGAUAGAGCUGUGGCAUUCAUUAUCGAGCCACAAUUGGAGCGCCAUCUGAUGUUCAACUGUCUCGAAGAACUUCUCAGUGGUGUGCUUCGAGCCAUCAGUUGUCGUAUACUAUUAUCUUAGCUUUUAGAUUAUUAGCCGUAUCAAUGUGCAACGAUUUUUCUAAUUUGUAAUAAACAUUACUAGUAGUCGCUCCGAUUCGGUACCUUGUGAGAGGACAGGUUAAGCCAGAUAUAACCUACCCCAAUAGAUAUAACUUACCGUAAACUUUUUAAUUAUAGGAAACUUGAUUAGUUGGUUGAUACCACCCUUCUACCUGACGUCGCGGGACAGCUUUGUCCGAAGUAAAUCAUCGAGUCAAAGCAAUUUUAUACUGUUUGUGACCGCAGCGUAAAAGAGCCGAGCUUAGCGACAAUACUACGAUCGUUGCGGUAACGAAACCAUAGACGCACAGAAAUAUAUUGCAAUGUGAUGUGGCGGCCAUUUGGUAUCAGCAUUUACUCUGACCGUUAAAGGUCCCAUGAGUUAAUGAGGAGAACGACUUGCGAACUGCUUAUCCACUUACAUCGGCGACCACUCGGUUUCAAGUUAAUCUUUUUGUCUGUUCCGCCUCACGUAGCAGUGGCCUCAACUAACGGCAAGCGUCUGUUGGGCUGGUGACAGUUGUCGUGCAUCGUACUUCGUGCUUCUAUAAGGGCAACAAUCCAGAGAUCAGAGGCUUGUUGCUGUUUAGACAGGAUAGCCAAUAAGGCGCGGAUUGGGUUCAUUUGCAGACUAACUAUUGUUGUUAAAUCGACUGCGUAUUUUGCUAAACGACAUAGACGGGGUCCACUGACCCGCCCGGAAAGUUCAGAGACUCCUGGUCAUACAUAAAAUGAGGCUCGCAUCGUUCCCUAAGAAAACUAAAUGACUUGGUUAAUCAAAUUCAUUGAUGUCUAGGUUGCUUAUGUUACCAAGAUAAUGUAGAUAUUUUUAGUAAAGAGUUGUCCUGAACACGGUGCUGGACUCGACUGUGAAUUAGCUGCCGAUCUUGAGACGAAUGAUCCUAGAUUUCUGCGCCAACGUUACAAUCUAAAACCGACCUCAUGUAUUAUAACCGUAUGAUCGAGGACUGCGAUGUGCCGGUAACAGACUUUCUACCAAGGUCUCUGUCUGGUGCCGGAGCUCAAGUCAAUGGCGACUCACUUACCGCGCCAUUGCCAUUGGUCGAGGAACCGGCCUCUGCACGGAAGCUGAACACGUUCUCGGGGGUCUUUACACCCGUAUGCCUAUCGAUGUUCAGUGCAAUUCUAUUUUUGCGAAUUGGUUUUCUGAUAGGGAAUUCAGGUCUAAUGGAAUGCAUUCUCGAGAUGAUAGUGGCCUACGGAGUGUUAGUGUUUACUGUUCUUUCAAUCUGUGCUGUUUCCACAAACGGAGCCGUUGAGGGUGGAGGCGCAUAUUUUAUGAUAAGUCGUGCACUUGGCCCGGAAUUUGGAGGCUCCAUUGGAACGUUGUUUUUUAUCGCCAACGUGUUCUCCUCAGGCCUUUACAUUUUCGGUUGCGUCGAAGGCUUGGUUAACAACUUCGGCCCAUCUGGUAGCGUGGCAAAGAUCCUUGAAGAGGGUUAUUGGUGGAAUCUGUUGUACGGCACAUCCGUGAACGUGCUAAAUCUGCUUGUCUGUCUCGUGGGAGCGGCGUUAUUCGCGAAGACGACGGUAGUCAUCUUCGGCGCAGUAAUGGUAGUCGCACUUUCUGUGGCCCUCUCUAUGAUGUUCUCGUCCGCGAAGCUAAUUCCGUUCCCCGAAGAGAACCAGAUAAAUCAGACAAUUCACUCAGGCUUGUUUACCGGCCCAAGCCUCACGACUCUGGGUAGCAACUUGUGGUCGAACUACAGUCUCGAUUAUUUUAGUGGCAAGAAUGGUAAAAAUUACACGACAACAUCGUUUGCUAUCGUUUUCGGUGUACUCUUCUCCGGUGUGACUGGAAUUAUGGCCGGUGCAAACAUGUCCGGUGAGCUAAAAGAUCCGGCGAGGUCGAUUCCGCACGGUACACUGUCUGCUGUGUCCUUCACAUUCGUUACAUAUAUUGUUUUGAUGCUGUUGACAGCCUCAUCGUGCACCCACGACCUACUCGUAAACAAUUAUAUAUACAUGCAGUAUAUAGAUUUCAUUCCACAACUCGUUGGACUCGGCAUCUUUCUAGCAACAUUUUCGGCGUCACUCAGCAACCUAAUUGGAAGUUCUCGUGUGCUCGAGGCUCUCGCUAAGGACGAACUGUUUGGCAUGUUACUUAGCCCGGUUGCAAAACACAACUGUAGAGGUAAAAACCCUUGGCUGGCUGUGCUUGUCUCAUUCUCCAUUGUUCAGUGCACAUUGUUUAUCGGGACACUCAACGAAAUAGCCCAAAUCACAUCUGUAUUCUUUCUGCUAUCAUAUUUGUCAACAAAUUUGGCUUGCCUAGCCCUCGACCUUAGUUCGGCACCGAAUUUCCGUCCAUCGUUCAAGUACUUUUCAUGGGCAACAGCGUUCUGCGGCCUUCUAGGCUGUGGCGUAAUGAUGUUUGUUGUAUCUUCAUUAUACGCAGCCAUUGCUAUUAUCAUGUGUCUUGUGCUAGUGAUCGCGCUGCACAUACGCUCACCGCCGGUUCGCUGGGGCUCCAUCUCUCAGGCUCUUAUUUUCCAUCAGGUACGUAAAUAUCUCCUUCUGCUUGACUCACGCAAAGAUCACGUGAAAUAUUGGAGACCUCAGUUUCUGCUCAUGUGCGCAAAUCCGCGUUCGGCGCUGCCGCUAAUUUUGUUUGCCAACGACCUCAAGAAGUCUGGCCUGUACGUUAUUGGGCACAUUAAAAAGGGCCGACCUCAAGACUACCCAAUCGAUCCGGUGCUCGAGGAGUAUCCGCUGUGGUUAAGUCUGCUUGACAAAAUUAGAGUUAAAGCGUUCGUCGAAGUCACCCUGGCGCCUACUGUCCUUGACGGUCUGCACCACCUCGUACGGAUUGCCGGUCUCGGUGCAAUGAAGCCGAACACAAUUCUCUUCGGAUUUCACGAUGACUCCGUUCCCAGUGACUUCUUCAAUGAACAUCGAUUCGAGACGCUGAACGUGCGCAAUGGCAAAAGUGCGUUUUUGUCACUGCGUAGUAUGGAAACGGAUAGUGACCGUCUGUCAAAACUAGAAUUCGUCCAAAUGGUUGAUGACGCAAUGUACUUCAUGAACAAAAAUGUCGUUCUUGCCCGACACUUUCAGCAGCUGGACAAAGCCGUUAUUGUUCGGUCAUCUAACCCGCUACACAUCGACGUCUGGCCUGUAGAUUUUCUCAAGCCUAACGCAUCUGUCACGACAAUCGAUAAUAACUGGAUGUAUAUUAUGCAGUUGGCGUGUAUCCUUCACAUGGUGCCUGGCUGGAAGAAACAUACAAUAAUUCGUAUAUUCAUGUGUGUUGCCGAUGCCAGCGACGACACUACCAGGCAUCAACGUCAUUGGCAGAGCAUGCUGAACAUGCUGAGGAUUGAUGCGCGAAUUAUCACCGUUCGCUACGAUCAUAUCACAGCUAAACUUUAUAACAAUGCAGGCAGCGGAGGGGGACAGCAGCCAACACAGGUCGAAAACGGUGGUGCGGAUGCAAGCGACAGCUAUUUGACGGAAUGUAACGCGAUGAUGCGCGAGCAGAGUGAACGUACAGCGGUCCUUUUCGUCUAUUUACCUCAACGGGGCGGACGGCACGCCUCGGACAAGGAACGACUUCGUUACCUCGAGCAGCUUACCAUACUGACAAAAGAGCUGCCACCCACAUUGAUGGUACAUGGAAUCAGUCCAGUAACGUCGACAACACUUUAAAAACCACCAUAGAUCGCUAUAUGUGUAUCACAUUGUAUUCUUCACUGAAAGAAUAACAAAACCAACUAGCAAUUAAGGAUCUAGUGCUAGAGACGCCAGAAACAGCCAAUGACCUCAAAGGUCUUCAAAAGCACCAUGUCUAUUCCACCUAGGAUCCACCUUCGUUGGUUAGUUGUGUUUCGCACCGACUAUUUAGCGUCAUUAUUUUAACUAUUACCACCAGCACAGGCUGAAGGUCCUGCGCCAAGACAAGCUAUGGGGAAGUGUUGGCAACAUGCAUUUCCUGUCUUGCUAGUCAAACGGCAAAGCACCAUGGAGCAAUCCUCAGUCUUCUGUAUGCGCCUUUCUGUGCGUCGGAGUGUAUAUGCUGAGCUGUACAGUUUGGUCGUGUUGACCACUGUGUAAAAACGAAUUGAUGAAAGAGACACAAUGAGAUGCCGGAUUAUAUGGAUCCCAUAUUUCAGGCUCUCGCCUGUCACUUGAAUCUAUAGGGUAAACGCAUAACAGUUUUUACGGAAGGGGGCUGGGGGAGUUACUGUCGGAAAUUGCAAGUGUCUUGGAAUUGACAAUACAAUAAGCGAUUGGGUACGACAAGAGUUCAACCGUGGCAUCAUCUGCGUCAAGGUUAUCCAACUGAUGCAAUAGGGCCAAAAGAGAGACACAGACAACAAUUAAUUGUAGAUUUUACACCUAACACACGGUUUUAUGGGCCCUGUCUUUAGGGUGGUCACCUGAUGAGAACUGGCUACCGUUGAACCCUAUCGAAUCGAUUCGCAAUAAAAAACCAACCAGAUUAACAAUUUUUAUGACUGAGAUAGUUACCAAAUAAUAAAUACUGCUACCCUUCCUGCUUUUACGAUUAUUGGAAAUGUGUUGUUAUGUUGCGAAAACAUUGUGGCGUUUAUCGACCCGUUAUAUUAUCUGAUGACAGAUACAUCGCUGUGACAAACGAACGUGUCAAAUAGAGGCACCUAAACGGGUUUAUUUCUGGGGUAUUUGUAGCUUCACUUCAUCAAAAGCACGCGGUUUCAUCUGUCGUGGAACAACAAGAAUAACGACUUGAACAAAGUCAUAUAUCGCUAAAUCGUUAAGGCCGGUGUGCCAGACAUAACCGGUAUCUCUCUGUUUGGCCAUCGCUGGCACUGUUUUUCUAGACAAUCAAUGGCGGAUGGCGUCCAGUGUUCGAAUGCAAAAAUGUCUGUGCAUAAUAUCGAUCAUAUGUGAUACUAUGGACUGUAUGCGAACCUGUAGGUUAUAGUUAGGCUCUACCGUAAAUAAUCCCAAUGAAAGGUCGUUCAAUCUAUCGGACAUGGCAUACCGUGAGCAAUGAGGGAGGUCCGGUUAUCUGCUGGGAGUAUCUGGUUUAAAAAGUUCGUGGGCUGUAUGUAAGCUGUGCGAAUUUUUCAGACAGCUAUGGUAGCGUAUUAAUGAACAUCUGAUGUACAUCGGUUUGAGGCUUCAAGUAACUUUCGGACGUUCUAGAUCAAUUUUGGGCCACUAGGGCAAACAUCUUGGUAGAGCAACCGCACGAAUCGUAUUUACCUAUUCAAUAGACACCUAGAGAUUACACCUAAGGUGUUUGUUUUAUCCCGUUGUCAGUGUUCCCCUUGAUCUAGCCAUUAGGUUGCGAGGCAUACGACGAAAAAACAAUACGGUCAAACAAUAUUGCAAUUCGAAGUGUAUUUUAGCCUUCGAUUGAUUUAGUAUCGUCCGUUAAUCCCACCGAUUAAAAACUCUUUUUUACGGAAAGUCGAAAUGAAUCGAAAUGUGUGUGAAGAAAAUGCUCCUCAUUCAUUUUUCUAUAUUUUCUCAUAUCAUAUUUGUAUUGAAAUAUACACAGGGAUAAACAAACAGUAAACUGAGUGGCUUUACUUAGAUAACCCUAUAUACAUAAUUUUUUUGCCUUUUUAGGAUGAAUAGAAACAUUAGACUAAUCGCUAGAGGAAUAACGAUUUUCUUACGUUUUGCUGGUUGUUAUUUUUAAUAUUUUUUUGCUUCUCCUUAUUUAAACAAAAAAGUUUAUUGGCGUGUCAAAUGAAUACGUCGCAAAAGCAAAUAGAUUCGUUCUAUCGGAACUCGUAGCCCGAAUAUCUGUUUUAAUGAUCUGAUCAUUGUGCGUAUGUGAUAUACCUAUAUUGAGGUAGAUAGCUUGAUACCGUAGUGACCUUCUUAUGAAAGUAAUACAAAUAUUGUGAUUUUUUGAAGAAUCAUAGGAUCUUAAAUGAUUAAGACGAUUGUUGCAAAAUGGGUGUAACUUUAAUAUGUAAUAGUAUCAAUAAUGACAUUGAGAUAAAUACGUACCUAAAUUCUGUAAAAAUCCUCCCCGUACAUUAACCUUGUUCCAAUAAUGAUAAAUGAUAUUUUUCUCUCAGUGACAUUUAAUAAAAACACAUCCAACCUAAAAACGACGUACACGUUUCCAACCAGCCAUACAAAUAUUACAGCCCUAGCCUUUCAUAGAAUUCUUGUGUCGUAUGUCGCCCUUUAGUAGAUUUCAAACACGGUGAUCCCUAAGUGUUAAAUGCUCUACCCCUCUCGCUGCAUGCGACAUGGGGUGCAAUUGAUUCAACGUUCAAUCAUGUUCAUAAUGCGUAAAGAUGCAAGUGUGUUUUCUCAAGGUCCGUCAAAACCUGUGCUGUGAAUGAACGUCCAUUGAGAGAUUUGCACAGUGCGCUGUCUUGCAAUGGCUUAGGUAUAGAGAUCCUUGCACUUCCAUCGGGUACUAUACGGGUCUGAAAACUAGCGCCGUCACGCACUGACCAACGAGAAGACUAAAUGAUUACGAGGUAUCGGUGUAAAACUUUGUUCGGCGAAUGAAUCACCUGUUAUUGAUAGUAUUGGUAAUACGCGUGGUCGUUACCUCGAUCAGGCUGCGUUGCUAAAGAGAUAUUGAUUUGGCAUCAGCUCGACUUACCGCUCAGUUGAAGCAAACUAGCAGCAUUUUUCCGCGAAAGAGACACAUUGUGGCUUGUUAAAAGAUA